UUAAGUUGACGAUCUUCACUGCAUGUGGCUUUUCGUUUUUCUCAGACAUCCCACGAGCUUCAAUCCCAAUUUCAAUUCUUUUGCUUUUCAUCUACAAUUCAAUUCUCUGCAUCUGCGCAAUUUCUUUGAUCUUGAUAAUUAUGGCUCUUGAAACAUGGCUAAUCAAAGUCAAGAAAACCAUAUCCCACAGCUUUGAUUCAGCUCGUGUUACCCCACCAACCAAAACUUGUUCUGUAAUCAAGAGAUCCAGGAUCGGAGUUUUGGCCUUUGAGAUUGCCGGAAUCAUGCCCAAGCUCACCCACAUGUGGCGCUUUCUCUCCGACCAAACUAUGGCUCGUCUUCACAAUGAAUCCAUAUGCCUGGAAGGUGUUCGGAAAAUUGUCUCAAACGAGGAUGCUUUCCUUCUUGGCUUAGCCUGUGCAGAAAUGGUCGAGAAUCUCAGAGUCCUCGCCAAGUCUGUGUCCAGACUAAGCAAAAGGUGCCAGGACUCGAGCCUCAGGUGCUUUGGGACAGCUUUCGAUGGGUUUGCAAACAUGGGUCAUGACCCUUAUGGCUGGAUUCUAAGCUUGAAAGAAAUGGAGGGUAAAACCAAGAAGAUGGAGAGAUACGUUGCAGCCACUGCUACACUUUACAGGGAGAUGGAUGAGCUAACUGUGAUACAGAAUAAUCUGAAGAAAUCAUUACUGUGUAGUAACAGUAAAAAGGAUCAUCAGCAUCAAGAUGUGUCUUCACAGAAGAUUCUUCAUCUCCAACAAAAGCUCCUUUGGCAACAGCAAGAAGUCAAGUAUGUAAAAGAGAAAUCUUUAUGGAACACAAGUUUUGAUUCAGUAACUUCAUUGCUGGCCACAUCAAUCUUCACAAUUCUUUCAAGAAUCAAGCUUGUUUUCAGUAUCACCCAUGGCUAUCCCACCUCCCUCCCUCACAGCCUUUCAGCCUCAGCUACUGUAUACCCAUCUGAUCAAACCUCAAAUUCUUGGGAUAUUGUACCCGGGCCAUUGAUAAAGAGCUCGACCCAUCAACAUAACAACAAUAUCUCACAUGGGUUUUUCGAGACAAACUCAAAGAUGCUAAAGCCAUCAUCUGGCACUUUAGGAACUGCUGCUUUAGCUUUGCAUUAUGCUAACUUGAUCAUUGUGAUGGAGAAGAUGAUAAGAUCACCCCAAUUGGUCGGUCUUGAUGCAAGGGAUGAUCUUUAUUCAAUGUUACCUAAUAGCAUACGAUCUUCACUUAGGGGACGACUGAAAGGUAUUGGGUUCACAGCGAGUGAUCCAGUACUUGCAGGAGAAUGGAGAGAAGCUUUAGGGAAGAUAUUGGGGUGGCUGUCACCAUUAGCACAUAACAUGAUCAAAUGGCAGAAUGAAAGGAGCUUUGAACAUCAGAAUCUCGUGCCAAAAACAAACGUUCUUCUUCUGCAAACGCUGUUUUUUGCGAACCAGGAGAAAACUGAGGCUGCCAUUACUGAGCUCUUAGUUGGUCUAAACUAUAUCUGGAGGUUUGAAAGAGAGAUGAAUGCCAAGGCCUUGUUCAACUGCACCAACUUCAAUUCGAUCAAGAAUCCGCAGCAUACCAGAUAAGUAAAGAAAUGCUUUCAUUCUUCCCUUUCUUUUUCAUCUGUAGAUUAGUAUUAUUUAUAAUCUCAAUCGUUAUGUAUAUUAAUUGAUAGCAGCUUAAUUCAGAUCUGCAAAGAUUUGUUUUAGCUCCCUAAAGUGAUCUGUAAAAUGUAACACUAUGUUUCUAAAUGAUAUGAUUUGAGUC